GAUCAUUGGGGGGGAUGGGCACUAUUGUUGCAGGAAGUGAAUGGGACUGAGUUUGCGAGGAAUGGAGGCAAACUGCUCCAACCUGACGGAGAGGAUAUUACGGCUCACCCUGGAGAUCAUCUACCUGCUGACCGGGGAGGUGAGGAGGAUUCUGGGAGCGCAGUUUUAUUCCAGCAACGAAAUUGCCAACGGACAUUUUUUUUUUUUUUCAUUUUACCAUAUUUAUUUGUAGCAUUUCUUAACUGACAAACCCUUUUCAUACUCAACUGGAUGAAAUAUAAUUUUAAGGGACAACAAGUCACAGAAUUUAAGGUUACCGAAAGCCGGAUAAUUACAAAAUGAUUUUGUCUGCAAAGAUCUUUUAGAUUUUUUUCUUGUUUUCUAUUUUUCCUGAGAAGCUGCUAAAACACGGGAUAACAUAGUAGUGAAGAAAACAUCGGGAGAUGGACAGAACUCCGUUGUGGUCCCUCUACAUUCCUUACUGGUUCCAGAAAGAAACAACGAACAGAAGAUUCUAGAAGUCACCCAGAAGAUCUCUGACCUCCUGAUGGAAGAGAAUGAAAACUGGAGCAAUUUUAAUGUUAUUAUCAAAGAAGAGAUAGAAGAUGGAGAAGAGGAGGACAGUGUUAUAAAGGAUCGGGAGUGUUUAGAAGGACACAAGGAUCUCUACAAGGAUGUCAUGAUGGAGAAUCAGCCGCCCCUCACAUCACCGGAUGGAUCCAGUAAUGGGAACUCACCAGAGAGCUAUCACCGCCCUCUGUACUCCCGGGACUCCACACAGGAAGAUCACACCAUCCCUCACCAUCAUCAGGGGAUAGGAGUGUUUGAUAUCAAAACUGAGGUUAAAGCAGAAGACGAAACGUAUAUGAGGGGGAAUCAGCUGUCUAUGAAGGAAACUGAAAUGAUGGUGACAACAACCAAGGAGGAAACUUCUCUAGAUGCCAGAACAGGAGGAAACAAUGGCUGGAAGACCCAAGAGGGACAUCUUAUUUCACCUGCAGAUUAUAAUAAAGACGAUAAUGUCAUGGCACAGUAUUCUCCGGGAGUAAGCAUUGUGACUCAAACUAUACAUCACAAACCUAAUUAUAUGAUAACAUCAACAGAUCAGUUUAAUUCCGAGGAUCCCAAAGACUGUUCCCAUACUAUUAUCCCAAAUGUCCAACCACGUUUUCAAAGACCAGAUCCAUUAUCAGAUCCUUCUAAUCCCGAGGAAUCUUCUCCCAAUAAUUUUCAGCCAUUUCAGGUUUUCGAACAAUCCUUCACAACACAACCCGACCUGGGUGUACCCGAGAGCAACAACACCGUUGAAAAACCCUUUCCGUGUUGCGAAUGUGAGAAGUCCUUCAUGAAGAAAUCGCACCUCGUUCAACACCGGAGAAUCCACACCGGGGAAAAGCCUUACACGUGUUCGGCGUGUGAGAAGUCUUUCGUAAACAAAUCAGAUCUCGUUCGACAUGUCCGAAUCCACACCGGGGAAAAGCCCUUCUCGUGUUCGGAGUGCGGAAAGUCUUUUACGGAGAAAUCGAAACUCAUUAUACACCAGAGAGUUCACACCGGGGAGAAGCCCUUUUCCUGUUCCGAGUGUGGAAAGCGAUUUUCCGAUAAAGGGAACCGUGAUAGGCACAAGAAGUCGUAUUCAUGUCCAGAGGCUACUGCUUUGCUCAGAAAGUGACACCAAUUAUCCAGCAGAGAACACACACCACCCGAGGACACUAAAAAACGUAAGCCUCGAUCGGACUUCCAUUGGACAAAUCCAUGGAUUUUUACCCGAAGGGCGUUGUCCGUGACGUUGUUCUGCAUACAGACGGUAGAACUAUUUCAGCCAACAUGCAUCAAACCACGUGUUUUUUCAGCUCUUUACCGCCACCGUUUGGGCAACUUCUGCUAUUGUUGUCUGAUGUUUAGCAUUGGUUU